AUGCUCCUAGCGGAACUCCCGACCGAGAUUCUAAGUGUCAUAUUCAGCUACAUUCCCAACGGUGGCUGCUUAGUCCACAUUAUGCAAGUAUGUCGCCUGUUCAGGGGUAUGAUCGAACCAAUUCUGUAUCGCUCUAUGCAUUUACCGCUAGCCCUGACGCCCACAUCGCGAGACUCCCACGGAGGCUCCGACAACCUAGGACAUCUCGCCGGGCUUAUUGGUGCAUUGUCUGCUCGACCUCAACACUGCCGUCUUGUGAAAGUACUCGAUCUUCAGCUGGAUCGCCCGAAAGGUCUUGACCCCAGCUAUAAGAUCAAAAUCUCGAACCUCUUUCCAAGCCUUCAAGGGCUAUCUCUCAGCCCACCUUCCCUGCAUUUGGAUCUCACUGGCAUGUUGGACCUUGAGUAUCUACGACUCGAUUUUGACGACAUAGCUGGUGAUCCUCAACCGAUACAACUUAUUUUAUAUCCCUUCCGAGUUCCAACUCUUCGUGUCCUACAAAUUGAAUCUCUUGAACUGGAUACUCAAUGGCUAGAUCUAAGUCCAUUACAGAGACAUCAGAGGUCACCUAUUAUCGAUCUUCACAUUCACGUCUUCACUCAUGUGGACCAACCUGUUGGCAUUUUGACUACUCUCCUAAACUCUGUCAAAUCCUUAAAACGAUUCACUAUUGACGCCGAGCUCGAUGCUGUAAUAUCACAUAUGGUACAUGAUUGGUUGUCCUUGGAUGAAAUUCUUCGCACACUUCGAUCCCAUGCGGACACACUUGAAGACAUACGUAUUGCUGCUAGUGAUGGUGGUUUCAUCCGUCGAACCACACCAACUCACAAGUAUUGCGAAGGCUCCCAUUGCGAUAUUGUAUUACCACCAAAGCUGGAAGAGCUACAGCUGCAACAGCAGGAAUGCUAUGAUAACAUUCUGGUUUUGUAUUCCUGUUAUGAAGGCCUGAAAACUCUAGCGGAAAGGAAGCGCGAUGGCUUUCCAAAUCUAAAACUUCUUGUCUGCAGUCGUCUUUUGGUCAAGCAUUCAGGCCUGACCCAGUGGAAUGAUGUGAUGGCCUAG